CCGACACUCAUUCACAUUCAGUAUUUGCGCAUCGUUUGUUCGUUCACUCGCUCGCUCGCUAAAUCGCUCGUUCCGUUUAGUUUUGUAUCAGCAUAGUAGUCGUAGUCGGGUCGAUCGUUUUACAUCAAAGUAAAGGUUUUACUAAGCCGACGCACACACGCACACACACACACACAAGAAACGGUAACAAUCAUACGGUGUGUCAAACGACAGAGAGUGUGCAAAGUAAACAAUUACUACAACAACAGUGACAAUAAACAAAAUUAAAAAUCUCUCUGUGCUCUUCUGUUUGUUGUUGGUGCACGGGAUUUUAAUGUCACCAAAAGUUGAUGCCCAAGAAGAAUAAGAAGAAGACAACAACGGCGACGACGACGACGACGAAGAAGAAGUCUUAGUGUCUGUCUCGAAAUUAAUUGGAUCGGAAGAAUUGUAGUUGUCGCAAAGAGGAAGUUAAGCAUUUUGACGACGCAACGACAAAAGAAGAAUGUAAUGUUUGAAAAAGUGUUGAAAGUGGAAUAAAAAAAUAAAAGAAAAACAAAACAACAACAAAAACACACCAGUAGCGCUUCAGCUUCAAUCACAAUAGCAAAACAACGACAACAAAGUAGUCACUAAGUCAGUUAGUGAGUCAGUGAUUUCGUGAGUGGCGAAAGCGUUACAACGCGAAAGUGCAGCAGUGAAAAUGUUUGAAUCGACAACGACGCCAACAGCAUCAUCUCCAACGCCAAGAAACAACGACGACAACGACAGCCCAACAACGACAACAAUUAAUGCUAAUAACAAUGGUCUAAUGGAAAAUAGUGUUAACAUUACCAGCAAAAGUCAACGAUUCUGGCACCAGCAGCCACCAUCUCUUCCCGCUCCUUCCCUGCUAAUGCUGUUGAGUGUUUGUGCAGUGAUUCUGGCACUUGGCCAACAGACGGCUUAUGCGGCUGCAGUAACCGAUUCACCGAUUAAAUUCAUAAAACUGCCAGCUCAGGCUCCAGUAAUACGUUACAGUCGAAUUGAAUUGCAAGCAGAGCAACAACCGAAACUACAUGAAACGCCGGCCACAGCAACAACAACAACGAUAACAACAUCCAUAACAGAUGCGGCAAUAGCAAAUGAAUCUCUAGCUGGUGUGGAAACUAGUGCAGCAACCGAUGCACCAUCCCCCUUGGAAAUGCAAAAUGAUGAUGCAUCACCCUAUGGUUUGCUUGAGGCAGCCCUAGGUCCAUUGAUACCACGACAAAAUCGUGCAAGCUCGAAUAGUUGCCCCCGAUCGUGUCCACCCAGUUUAACUGUGGGCGCCGAUGCUGUCUGUGGUUCGGAUGGUUUAAUCUAUGCCAAUUUGUGUGACAUGAAAAAGAAGACCUGUUCCCGUAAUGGUGUCAUAAAGGAUGUUCGUGAUGGUUGUGAGCGGGCCAAAGGAUCGGACUGUAAACAUCGUUGUCCCAGUGAAAAGGAUCCGGUUUGUGGUACCGAUGGUCGUACAUAUUUAAAUAGAUGUAUGCUCCGCGUACAAGCCUGUCGUGUUGGUAUGGCAGCGGUUAAGAUGGCUCAUGUUGGCCCCUGCAGUAAUACCAGUGCUAUUCGUGAAUCUUGCCCGGUGGACUGUAAUCAAUCGCCCAAAGAUGGACCGAUAUGUGCUUCAGAUGGUAACGUUUAUAAUUCCACAUGUGAAAUGAAGCUGCUGACUUGCGGCCAGGGUGUGGUGAAAACUAGUCGCAAACACUGCCAAUCGACAAGAAUGUGUCGUGAAUCGUGUUGGCGUGUUGCCCGUCCCACUUGUGGUUCAGAUGGUCGGUUGUAUGCCAGCCCCUGUAAAAUGCGUUCAUCCAAUUGUGGGAAGCAUAUAUUCGAGGUGCCACUCUCCUUUUGUAUGCCCCAGGAACGUCACGGCAAUCCGGUAGAAAAUUGUCCAACGGAAUGUCCCGAAAGUGAUAGCUCAGCAUAUGUAUGUGGCAGUGAUGGUAAUAUCUAUUCAUCGUUGUGUGAAUUGAAAAUGUUGAAUUGUGGGCCCCAACGUAAAUCCAUACAGAAAAUGAGCAUGGACAAGUGUAAAAACCGUUUGACCAGAUGCAAACAAUUGCCACCCUGUAAAGAUUUCAAUAAUUUAUAUGGCUCAAUAUUUAGCUCCAAGAGAAGUGAUAAACUUUGUGGAACAGAUGCCAAGACAUACAACAAUGAAUGUGAAUUGGCACAUGCCACUUGCCUGAGAGGUGUGAAUUUGGCCCACGUUGGACCUUGUACCGACUUGAAAGCUCCCAUUAAGGAUUGUGGGGAACGUUGCACCCGCCAGGAUCUUGAAAGUGGCCCCAUUUGUGGCUCAGACGGCAAUACCUAUGCAUCGUUGUGCGAAUUCAAGCGACGAACCUGCCAUUUGCGUGUUGUGCCAGUCUCUUUGAAAAACUGUCCCCUCACCGCCGACUGUGAUACAGAUUGUGAUGCUCAGCCACCAAAUUUUGUCUGUGGUUCUGAUAAUAAAUUCUACAAAUCCGAAUGUCAUAUGCGCAAAGAGAAUUGUGGCAAACAUGUGUUUGUGGUACCGCUGAAACGCUGCCUCAGCAAUGUCCAGUUCAAGGGUUGUGCCAAAAUUUGUCCACCCGACUUUGAGCCCAUCUGUGGCAGUGACAAUAUGACCUAUUCCAAUGAGUGCUUUUUGGAAAUGGAAAACUGUCGUAGUAACAAUACCAUAACGAUACAGCAUUAUGGUGCAUGUGGACGGCCAGAGGCACCCUCAAAUAAUUUUCUAUACUAGAAGAAGAGAAGUUGGAAGAAAAUAAUAUUUAUAGGAAAAGAAGCUAAACAAAAAAAAAGAAAAAUAAAAUUAAAAAGAAAUUAAAACUUAAUGUAGUAGCAACAAUAAUAAGCCGUUAUUAGGGCUUAUUACAAAAAUAUAUUUUAAAUAUAUUUAUGAAAUUAUUUAUUUAUUUUUUUUUUAGUUAAUAACUGUUAUACUUUAAGAACACACUUUUUUAUAACUAACUUUAUAUAAAUAAAAUAAAAAGACAAAUGAUUUGUAAAA